AUGCUUGGUGACGCACGCUACGAGCAGUGGUUCCACGACAACCUUCGCUGUGACCAAGCUGUCUUCCGCCGACUUGUGGACUUGCUGCGUCAACGUUUGCAGCCCAACGAGCGUCAAUCCAGACACUCCUUCGAGAAGAAGGUGGCCGUGACGCUGUACUUCUUGGUCGUGACGACCGUGGUGGAUGUGUUGGCGAGCCAAGCAAAGUUGUGGAUACGCCUGCCCACCUACCCUGGUGACUGGAGUCGCAUCGAACGUGGCUUCUACAAGGUACAACGAUUUCCGGGCAUUGUUGGAGCUGUGGAUGGUACUCUUAUUGACAUCUAA